AUGGCGGACAUCGCCUCGGAAGAAACACCCGCCAAGGUCAAGUGCCUGGGCGGGGACUGCGACAAGGAUGCCGGCUCGUUGCAGUGCCCGACAUGUCUGAAGCUAGGGGUCAAGGACAGCUUCUUCUGCUCGCAAGAGUGCUUCAAGAGGAAUUGGAACGACCACAAGGCCCUCCAUAAAAAGGCGCAGGAUGCGCAGUCGCCCGCCGCGGGCUUCCACAACCCGUUCCCAGGCUUCUCCUACACCGGCUCCGUCCGUCCCGUCUACCCGCUCUCGGCGAAGCGCACCGUGCCCAAGUCGAUCCCGCAUCCGGAUUGGUCGGAGACGGGGAUACCUAAGGCGGAGAGGCGGCUGAACAGGAGCAAGAUUGAGCUGCUGGACGAGAAGGCCCAGGAGGCAAUGCGCAAGGUGUGCAGGCUUUCGCGCGAGGUGCUGGAUAUCAUGGCGGCGGAGGUUCGGCCGGGUGUGACGACGGAUUACCUCGAUGAGGUGUGCCAUAAGGCUUGCGUAGAGCGAAACGUAAGAGUCACCUAUUAUCAUCCCUCCCGUCUGACCCGUUUCCUUUCGAGCUUGCUAAUGUAUCGCCUUUUGGAACUUGUAGUCGUACCCUCGCCGCUCAACUACAACCACUUCCCCAAGUCAGUCUGCACAUCAGUCAACGAAGUAGUCUGCCACGGCAUCCCCGACCACCGCGUCCUCCUCGACGGAGACAUUGUCAACCUCGACGUGUCCAUCUACCACGAGGGCUACCACGCCGACCUCAACGAGACGUACUACGUGGGCGACCGGGCCAAGGCGGACCCGGACUCGGUGCGCGUCAUCGAAACGACGCGCGAGUGCCUCGACAAGGCCAUCGAGAUCGUCAAGCCGGGCACGCCGAUCCGGCACGGUAUCCAUACCGAGUUUCACCCGCCGCCGUGGAUCCCGCACUACGCUAAGAACAAGGCGGUGGGCGUGUGCAAGCCCGGUAUGGCUUUUACCAUUGAGCCGAUUCUUACGGUGGGAGCGCCGCAGGAGGUGUAUUGGCCGGAUAACUGGACCAACACGACAGUGGACGGCAGGCGGUCCGCGCAGUUUGAACACACCCUUCUUGUCACCGAGACCGGUGUUGAGGUCUUGACCGCGAGGACGGCGACAUCGCCUGGAUGGCUACGACUACAUCCCCUCACCGUCGAGUCCCUCGAACGGGCCACCUCCAUCUCCGAGCUCCUCAGGGCCAAGGGCUGCUCCGACCCGGGCUGGGCCGACGCCAUCGCCAAGGGGAACCCCAAAUUCGAGUCCCCGUUCGAGUGGAGCUUUCCCCGGAAACUCCGCACCCUCGCCGCGCCCUUCCUCGCCUCCACCCUCGCCGCCUACGCCGCCGGCUCCUACGCCAUGGCCGUCGAGCCACUCACCGAGAAGUGGGGGUUAAACCACGGCCGCUACUGGGUCUUUGUCGGCGCCGGCGUGCUCUUCACCGCCGGUACCAUCGGCUGCGCGUUUACCGCUUCCCUCGCCGGCAUGCUCGUCGCCCGCUUCGUCACCGGCUGCGGGGCCUCCGUCUUCGCCACCCUCACCGCGGGUGUCGCCAGCGACUUGUACCACAAGCAGGACCGCAACACCCCCAUGACCCUCUUCUCCCUCACCGUCAUGGCCGGCGCCGGCAUCGGGCCCCUCGUCAGCGGCGCUCUCAACGAUUACCUCGGCUGGCGCUGGAUCUUUUACCUGCAAAUCAUCCUCGUCGGCGGCAACACCCUCCUCAUCCUGCUCUUCUUCGCCGAGACCCGCGCCAACGUCAUCCUCGAACGCCUGUGCCGCGAGCUUAACCGCCACUCCGAGACCGCCCUCGGACGAGACCCGCGUAGACCCCGUCGCAGCCAACCCAUACGUUUCGCCGCGGAUACCGUCCAGCAGGAGUUUAGCGUCGCCAUGAUCUGGCGCAGCUUCGCCUUCCCUCUCCGCCUGCUCGCCACCGAGUCCGUCGUCUUCUGGUUCUCGGCGUGGGCGUCCUUUGGCUGGGCCAUCCUCUACCUACAAUUCAACAGCAUCGGCAUCGUGUUUCGGGAAACCUACGACUUUACCACCGCUCAGGUCGGCUUUGUAUACGCCGCCGUCAUUAUCGGCUCCGUUCUCGUCGCUGCCCUGAGCAUUUUCCAAGAGUCCUUCCUCUGCCGUGUGUGGCCCGAGCGCAUGGCCACGCCCGAGGGCCGCCUGCUCCCUUCGUGUCUCGAGUCCACUAUGCUACCCAUAGGUCUCUUUUGGUUCGGCUGGAGUGCCCAGGGCCACGCCCACUGGGCUGUCCCCGUUCUAGCCGUGGGCUCCUGCACGGUGGGCAUCUUCAGCAUUUAUUUAGCCGUGUUCAACUACCUCGCCGACACGUAUCACCGUUACGCCUCCUCUGCCCUCGCCGCCCAGAGCAUGUGCCGCAACCUGUUAGCGGGUAUAUUCCCUCUCGUUGCCCACCGCAUGUUCCACGAUCUAUCUUACGGUGCCGCCAGCAGCCUCCUCGGCGGCAUCGGCAUCCUGCUAACUGCCGUCCCCUGGUUGCUGUGCAUAUACGGCGAGACGGUCCGCUCGAGGAGCCCCUUUGCUAGCAAUAUGAAGGGGGCGGAUGCGGGGGUAGAGGAGAUAGAGAGGCGGAAUAGCGAAGAAGUCUAA